AUGGUCGCCGUGCCAUGUGUUUCACCUGCUCUGCUCCGACUAUUCUCACUUUGGGCCGUCUUGACCUUCGUCCACUCGUUCUAUCAACCGCAGCCUGCAUGGAUCUCCCGCAUGACAUGGAUUGCAACAGCUCCCGAUAGCUCGUCGAAAGAACCUCGCCGUCCGCUCGGUGUCUCCAAGCUCCCGCACUCUGAGAACUCGAAUCUGGCGCUCAAACACAACGUGGCCCACCGAAUUACUAGGGCCUCGGUUGAACUUCCCACCGCGUUCGUUUCGGCGGGCGGACUACCUGCGAACAAGCGCUGGGCGGAAUGGUACGAGUGCCACGACGCGUUAAGCGGCCGCCAGGAAACUACUUUUGCUUCUCAACCACCACAACCUCCUUCGUGA